AUGUUGUGCCUCACUGGCACUGGCUCUUUUUUGCCGCUCAAAUUCCCCGUUACUCGAUUUUCGUUGGUGGCUUCAGUUGAGAGAGGAUGACGAAGUGAACUUUGCACUCUUCGCUAUAGUAAUCGCAAUUUCUUUUGGAGCCUAUCGUGUUGCGGUGAUUUCUUGCUUGGAUUCUAAACUUAGUCCGUGCUUGUUUGGUUGCUGAGCACUUGCACCUUUUUGCUGCAGUCAUGGAUCCUGAUGAGGAGUGCUCAAUUGUUCUUGAAUUAUCUGAAAGUGAUCCUUUCUUUGACAAAAAGAAGAAAUUACUACAAAGUAAGGGCUUUAGUCCCAAAGAACGGAUAUAUCUCAGGAGCUCCUCAAAACCUGGCUGGAUGAAUGCUACUGUAGAGUUGUUACUUCAGAUUGCACGAAUCAUACAAUUAAAUGAGCUGGAACUUUAUUUUGCUGAAGAUGAUGCAUGCACGUCUGUGGAGUUUUACAGUCCCAGGAAUGAGUUGGAGGCUCUCAAUUCUAUUAUUUUGCUUGCUGACAUAUCACUUUCUACUUGUACACAUCUCCAAACAAAAAUGCUACAAGGGUUACGCCAAACAAUUCUUGAUUUGAUUUCUGAUUUUGGAGACAAAAACAGUAUGAAGGGAGUAAUUGAAAAAGACCGCAGUUGUGAUCAAGAAGAACGCUUGAUAGAAUGGGGUGAAAGCAAUGGUGUAAUGACACAGUUAAAAAUAGCUUAUAUUGAAGGUUCUGGUCGGGGUGCAAUAGCAAGAAAAGAUCUAAAUGUUGGAGACACUGCUUUAGAAAUACCUGUGUCCAUUAUCAUUUCUGAAGAGCUUGUGCAUGAAACUGAUAUGUAUGAUGUCUUAAAAGAGAUUGAUGGCAUAUCACCUGAGACAAUAUUGCUAUUAUGGAGUAUGAAAGAGAAGUACAACUGUGAUUCAAAAUUCAAAAUUUACUUUGACACACUCCCAGAAAAAUUUAAUACAGCAUUGAGUUUUAGCAUCGAAGCAAUUACAAUGUUAGAUGGAACCUUGCUGUUGGAAGAGAUAAUGCAAGCACGACAGCACCUGCAUGCUCAAUAUGAUGAGUUGUUCCCUGUUCUGUGCAAUGAUUUUCCUGAUAUAUUUCCACCAGAGCUGUACACAUGGGAGAAAUUUUUAUGGGCUUGUGAACUCUGGUACUCUAAUAGCAUGAAGAUAAUGUAUUCUGAUGGAAAGCUGAGAACGUGUUUGAUACCUAUUGCUGGUUUUCUUAAUCAUUCCCUGUGCCCACAUGUUAUGCACUAUGGCAAAGUGGAUCCUGCGACAACUUCACUAAAAUUUUGUCUAUCAAGGCCAUGCAGAUCUGGAGAAGAAUGCUGCUUAAGCUACGGGAACUUCUCCAGCUCUCAUUUAAUCACCUUUUAUGGUUUCUUACCACAAGGAGACAACCUGUAUGAUGUCAUUCCGUUAGACAUUGAUGGUUCUGAUGUUGAUUCUAUUGUGGAUAUGCCCGUCUCCAACUGGACGACUCACAUGGUGCGUGGUACUUGGCUCUCCAAGAAUCACAGCCCAUUCUCCUAUGGCCUUCCCUCUCCAUUAUUGGACCAUCUUCGGAAAUCUCGAAGUCCCACGCUGCAGACGAAGACUUUUUUGCAAGGAAACUUGGAAAAUGAGCUGGAAAUUCUUGAAAAUCUCAAAUAUAUCUUUGAUGACAUUGUGGACAAUAUGGGCGACAUCGAUUUCGAUAACAGAGAAAACUGCAGUUGGGAUGAAAAAUUGGGUAUGGAUUUUAAAAAUCUACAAAGACGAAUUGCCGGUUCUGUUUCAUCUUCGUGUCACACUGGUAUGGACAUGCUGAAGAGUGAACUGUGCAAGUGCAUGGCUGAGGACAUCCGAGGCUAAUUGAGCAUGUUGAAACGUUGUGCCUCUAAAUCACGAAGACGUUGAUUUGGAAGCUGUAGUGUAAAUAUAGACAAAAAUCCAUGAAGCUUUCUGUCAUUCGCUAUGCGGCCGAACUUGGUUGCCCCACUCUGACACGGACAGCUCAGAAAGUCUUUUCUAGGUGAAAUGGAAUUUUGAAUUUUUUAUGAUUCCAGCUUUUUUCAGGGAGAAAAAGCACUUGUUGGCCGUGGCACUAUUGGCGCCACGUGUUCUUUGUGCAAAUGCAAAGCCUACCAUCUAAAAUGCUUAAGAGGAAGAUUCGCCUAAAUAAAGCAACGCGCACUUGCAUUGCCUUUAAAAUAUGCGCACUUGCAUUGCAUGCAUAUUUUGUAUAAAUUUAUUUCAAAUUGAUUUUAUUAGCGUUUUUUUAGUUUAGCUUAAUUUAAAUUUUAUUUAUUUAUUUCUUCGUUU